UCAUUUUGAUAAAUUGUUGACAAAACUGUAUACUUUACGAUUUCUUUUACUCUUUAUCCAUUCUUCUCUUGCGCCGAUCAACAAAAGAGGCGGGAGUUUUGAUCGCGUCACCUGUACAGAUGGCUAAAUUUUUUUCUUUUCUCUUUCUUCUCCUUUUUUAUAUAGAAUAAACAACUCAGGAUUAAAGGAUGAAAGUUAAACGUUUACCCCCUCCCCCCCCCCGCCUUCCUCAUUUCUGUCUCACUUUCUCAUUCCUCUCAAUCACAACCUUUUUUUUGUACAGUCAUAAAAUAUGUACGUAACUGUCCUUAGCAUUGUUAUAUAGUUUCUGUGUUCAGUUUUACUCCUUCCUCUCUACUUUUCCAUUUCCUGUUCAAUUCUCUUUCCUAUUUUCUCAACCAUUUAUAUAUUUAUAUCUGUUAGGAGUGAUUGCUUAUCUAAAAAAUUCAACCCUGAAAUGGACGUCAAACAAGUGCGAAGUCAAUUAGCGAAUCAUUUACCAAAGUGUUGGUACCGCUGAUAAAGAGAGAAAAGGAGGUUACGUAGGUUUUUGCCUUGGUUCCUCUCAUAGGAAAUUAAGCUCCGCCUAAAUUUGUAGUGUAAAUAAAAUUUGGAGCAUACGCUGGGGUGCAGGCGGAGGCGGAGCCUAUUUACCCUUCAUGAUCGCUCAGUGGCUGAAUGAAAUGUAGUGAGAAAAAGCUAUCGACUGGCAGAAAAGUUUUCUCUUCAUUCUUUUAAACAUCAACGUACUUGCCGGACGUUCAAUAAAAAAAGAUGAUUUCCUUAACAAACUACAAGCCAAAAAUGGUCAAUUAUGUCUUCCCUGGUACUCUAAGAGAGAAGGAGAGAAUACACGAGAGCUUAAUCGACAUCCUGAAGUAUGAUAAAAAAGGUUGUGAUUUGCGUCGCUUGGUAACAUAUUCCAUAGAAGACCUCCACGUAUGGAAUUGGGUCCAUGAAUUCUUUCCGUAUUUUACCAUUUGUGUUCAAAAGUUUAUUUUGAAUUACAUAAUGGUUAAAUUACGAAUGGAAGAUUGCAUCCUAUGUGGUAGUACUCGGUCUGACAUUGAUCACUCACUCUCAAAGUGUGAAAUGUCAAUGAAUAGAAGUAGAAAGAACCCAGCAAGACUUGGUAGAUAUCAAUGGCGACAUGAUGCCAUUCUUGAGCAAAUAGCCCAUGGUAUUACCCAGUGGUUUAAUUUUGAUGUCUAUGCUGACAGUCUUAGAGACUAUAAACCAAUGGAGGAACUGGUAUUCGUCGCAAACGGUAAAAAUAGGUAUCCCGACUUGGUAGUUGACUUGGGUUCUAAAUACCUCAUUCUGGAACUCUCCUGUUGUCUUGAAGCCAAUAUGGAGUGGGAGAGAGAUUAUAGAAGAGGGAGAUACACUAAUGUUGAAUCCCCUGACGGUAAAAAGAUAGACGUAUUUAGCUUGGAAAUUUCGGUUAUCGGCAUAUUUGAUCCAUCACCCUUAAAAGCGAUGCUUGAUGUCAUGUGGAAACAUCAGGGGAGGAAGCCAAUUCCCCGAGUAUUCGAUCUGAUUUGCUUGCAAGCAUCUACGGCUGCCGCUCUGGCUUCCUAUUACAUUCAUAAAGAGCGUCACAGACAACAGAAUAACGUUUUUGAAGAGCCGCUAUACCUAAGUUACAGGUCAAUACACUACCGAUAUUUAGAAGAGAUCAACUCCUCUUAAAGAAUCCCGCCAAAAAAAACCAAAAACCGAAACUAAAGGACCAAAAAAAUCUUUUAUAUUUGUGUGUUUUUUGCGUAGUUGAAUUUUAAAGGAAAAGUGAUGUAAUAGUUUACUUUUUAAAAAAAUCCGUUGAUUAGUAAUAUCGUUUGUCACUCAUUAGUUUGUUUAACCCACCUUCAAGAGAGAAUAGGCUUAAGCCUUUUAUUUUCUCAGUUUCUCUUAAGAAUAGUCUAUAUUUAGAUACUUUCCUAUUGGUAUGUUGUUUAUAGCGUAUUGUGGGUUUCUUUUUACAUUUAGUGUGUUCAAUUA